AUGGUUCCACCCAUUACCCGGUCGAAGAAACUCGAGACUCUUGUACUACUCUCAAGUUGCAGUUCAUUUAAUAAUUUUCUACCUCACAACGUGAACCACAUAGGGGCAUGGUUUUUUGGUGGAUGCUUAAGAAAGCUGGAUCUCAGCUGGUGCAGUUUGGCAGAUAGAGACAUCAAAUCUGCAGCUGUUUGGGUGUUACCCAAAUUGCAAGAACUCAAUCUUGAAGGAAAUAGAUUUGCACGGUUGAAUUUUAGUAUCUGGCUACUUCCUCGGCUCAAAUGGCUGAACGUGUCCCAUUGCAAAAAACUUGUAGAAUUGUCGGAGCUGCCAUCAAGCAUAGCUGUUGUUAUUGCGAAUAAGUGUAGUUCAUUUCAAAGCUUUGGAGAUAUUUCAAACUGUAAAUGGUUGUGGAAAGUCUCACAUUUAGAGGAUUACAAUGUAGGUCCAAUUAUUGGUGAGAUAUUACUAGAUUCCAUGCUCCAGGGAAAUGCUAAAGAUUACUUUAUCAGUAUCAGCCUUUCAGGCUUUGACAUUUGGAGAGGGCCAUCUGUACUUUGGGUCGUCUGGGUGAAGACUUAUAAUAUGCUGCUUCCACAUGAUUGGUACAAUCACUUUUCUGGGAUUUUGAUGUUUGUCAAACCCAAUAAGAAAUUUGCUGGGAUCCCUGACAUAACCAUCAAGCUGGGUGUCCUGGAAAUUAUUCAAUCUGAGCUUGGUCAGGAGGCUAAUGAAACACUUGACACUCGUUAUCAUGAUACAAGAUAUGUAGGAUAUGUUUCCUUUAGUUCAUUGAGGCACACCAGAUGCUUGAAUUCAACGUACAAUUUCAUUUCCUUUUCCUGCGAUGAGGAUUUAUAUGGAGACGGGCAUAGCUUUAGAGCUGUACUUGUUCCUAAAGAUGAUCUGAUGCAAACAACGAAAGUCACAACAGAUUCCUCAGAAUUUUGGGAUGAUAACAUAAAGACAUUUGUUGUAAAACAUGAUUUAAACUCCUCUAUCGAGAUUUUAUGGAAACCAUAAGUUGGUAGACAUAAUCCCAGAGGUUGGUUGACUACCCACGAGUUUUCCCCUCAACAUAAUCUUUUGUGUCACCAUUAAAUUAUCUGUUGUACCAUUUUCCUGUCUUCAGUUGGUUGCUACCAAUUAAAGUUUAUGCUAAUUAAAGUACAUUCAAGAGUCACUUUAGUCUCAAAUUCAUAGAUGUUUGUUUAAUGAUCAUGGUAGUUGUUUUUGUUAAAAAGGAUUACAUCCCGAUUGAUUAGAUUGAAAAUUGUAUGGUAAAAUGUGUCUUUAUACGAUACAUCUGAAACAUGUGCUAACUUCUCAUAUGUAAAUUCGAUCUAGAAUGCAAAUUUGGUCUUGUG